GUCAAGGGUCCUGCCAAUUUCCUCUCCUCCCCACCAGGCUGCUGUCCUUUCCCAUUCCCACUUCACCACGCUCCCACAGUAUCGCAUCCCACGACUCUCGUCUCCCCUACGACCCUCCUCCCUGCGACAUACCUCCGUCCCGUCACUUCCUGUUGACCCUUCCUACCGCUGCGAAACCACAAAAUGGCGGAUUCAUUGACGGAAGAACAAGUGUCCGAGUUCAAGGAGGCCUUCUCGCUCUUUGACAAGGACGGCGAUGGACAAAUCACCACCAAAGAGCUGGGCACCGUGAUGCGCUCCCUGGGCCAGAACCCCUCGGAGGCGGAGCUGCAAGACAUGAUCAACGAGGUCGACGCGGACAACAACGGCACCAUCGACUUCCCCGAGUUCCUCACCAUGAUGGCGCGCAAGAUGAAAGACACCGACUCCGAGGAGGAGAUCCGCGAGGCCUUCAAGGUCUUCGAUCGCGACAACAACGGCUUCAUCUCCGCCGCCGAGCUGCGACACGUCAUGACGAGUAUUGGCGAGAAGCUGACGGACGACGAGGUGGAUGAGAUGAUUCGAGAGGCGGAUCAGGAUGGCGAUGGGCGGAUUGACUAUAACGAAUUCGUCCAAUUGAUGAUGCAAAAGUAGCCUCUGCGCUGCUUCUCUACAUCAGCAUGCCACCGCUCCGCCAGCUCAUCGCCACCUCUGCUGCAUGAAUCCUUUGCGUUGGUGCACUGACACGAAGCUUCCUCUCCCACUCGAUUCGCACCCCUUACGCAUUCUGUUUACACAGACGGCCAAUCGCGAUGGUGCGUGGGACUACUGUUGGCGGGCAUAGCUAGAUGUAUUCACUCCUCCCUCUCUUUUGUGCUUUUGGUGUGAUCUUGCUCGCUUUUCAACGUAACAAGCGCAGCGCAAAAGGAUUGUCGGGUGAGAGCAAUACCUUAUAUAUCGGGUACAUCCUUGCCCUUCCCUCUUCUAGAGGACACGAACACGGUCUCCCUACA